CAGCAUGUAAAUGUACACAAUGUGGACAUAUAAUGAAACUGUGCAAAACAGUUUGUACAGGAGCUUUCAUGCAGUUUGACAGGUGGGAUGGCUGUGAAUAACGUCACCCUGGACUCAGCUGAAAAUUCUCCAAACCAGAGCAGCUGUGAUGUGUUUGUCUACCAAAGAGCUGCAGUGGUCCUUUUCCCUAUUUUCUACUCUCUGGUUUUCAUAAUCAGUGCUUGUGGCAACAGCUUGGUUCUCUACGUGAUCUGCCAGAGGAAGCAGAAGUUCAACUCCACCUCCAUCUAUCUGGUCAACCUUGCACUGUCUGACACCCUGUUCACAUUGGCAUUGCCAGGCAGAAUUACGUACUACAUCCGCCACUUUGACUGGCCCUUUGGUGACUUUCUCUGCAGACUGACCACGCUUCUCUUCUUUGCAAAUACCUAUGCAGGUAUUGGGUUCAUGACCUGUAUCAGCUUGGACAGAUAUCUCGCCAUGGUGCAUCCACACCAGCUGCAGUGUUUAAGGAGUGCAAGGGUUGUUCGCAGAGUCUGCUGCCUGGUCUGGGCUCUCGUAUCUCUGCAGAUAGCUCCCCUCCUGUUUCGCAGCAUGCUGCAUGAGAACCAGGAAAGACGAACCUGUAUGGAGUACUUCAACUUUGAGGGCUCCAGCUUCACCCCUUAUCUCCUGAUUUUGGCCUGUGCCAUCUCCUUCUGCUGUCCGCUCAUCAUCAUCAUAGGCUGCUAUGCCAAAAUCAACCUGAAGCUGCGAGCUGCAGCCAAGCAGAACUCUGUGACUGGCCGAUCAAGGAGGAAUCACAGGGCCAACACCAUUAUCCUCCUCAUCCUCCUCACCUUUAUGGUAUGCUUCAGCCCUUACCACCUCAACGUUAUGCAGUUUAUGUCCAGAAAGAUACACCACCAGCCAUCCUGUGAGGAACUGAGGGCCUUUAAGAUGUCCUUGCAGAUUACAGUUUCACUAAUGAACUUCAACUGCUGCUUGGAUCCAGUCAUCUACUUCUUUGCCAUUAAAACCUACAAGAAACGUGUGAUGAGCCUCUUUAAGGACUAUCUGUAUACUUCUGGUGCCUCCUCCAAAAUGACAGCUGAGAACAGUAGCAGCAACACCUGAAAGAAACCACAGCUGAGCUCACAAUAGUUAUGCCAACAACUAUUCUGUGAGGAUCUAAUCUACUUUGUUAUUCUGUACUCGAAAAGCCCUGUUUUUGUUUCUUUCACUAAAAUUAUUGACAAUUAACUCUUAACCAUUUUAAAAUGUUGUGCAUACUGAUAUUUGUUAGAGAACACUGUAUAAACUGUCCAUCUCUAUUAUAUUUUUCUUUUUCCACAGUGUUGCAUCUUAUUGCCUUUCUUAUUCUAAAUG